AUGGCAGCACACGAAAUCAGACCCGAUGUCUAUGGUCCAGGUACUUUCGCAGACGUCGACUUCACGCCUCUGCCAACCGAAGCUGCUCGUCUGUUACGCCAUUUAGCGCAGAUUACGCCUGGCUUCACGGCCAGUGCAGCUGCUCUUGAGAACGUUGAAUUCAGCGGUAGGGACCUGCCUAUCAUUCCUGGCCCCCUAAAGUCUCAAGCUUUCACUGCCGCCUUGCAGGCUAUGAUAGGCAUCGUUGGCAAAGAGCUCAAUGAGCUUAGAGGCAUUGCUGUCGGCAAGAUCUAUAUUGACGUAGACAAGUGUGGCUUGUAUCCUGCCACGCCGGCACUUGUCAGUAUUGGCAAAAUGGAUAUUGCAGAAAUACAAAAGACGGGUACCUUGGCCAAGGUCGGAACUGAUGUCGACCACGGUGUAGUCAACAAGACACCUUUAUACGUCCGCUCGUGGGCGAUAUACCCGACCAAAGAUCCUGUCGUCUGGUAUCAGAUCAUGAGCAGCUUGGACACCCCUGGCUUCCUCGAAUCUUACGGUAUCGAUGCUAGCAUGGAUGUAUCAUCCAAGGACGAAGCAUACGAGGUUCUCAAAAAGACAUUCUCCAAAUACUCCGCCGCCGAGCUUGACCUCAAGAACAUGGAGGAUGGCUUCUGUGGACAGACUUGCUAUACUCCUGAGCAAUGGAGAAAGACCCUCAUGGGUAAGACACUGGCAAGACAGCCCCUCGUGAACAUACGUAGAAUCAACGACGGCCAUGGUCCAGUACCACUCAAAGGCUCCGAGGACAAGAGACCUCUCGCCGGGGUCAAAAUUAUCGAGCUAGCAAGAGUUAUCGCUGCUCCGGCGACAUGCGCUGCACUUGCAUCUCUGGGUGCGGAAAUCAUCAAGGUGCAGAGUCCGAACAUUCCGGAUCUUCAGCCUUUGAGCUUGACACUCACAGCCGGCAAGAAGAUCUAUGCACUGGACCUCACAAAGCAAGCCGACAAGGAUAAGCUGCACAAUUUAAUUGACGGCGCAGAUGUCGUUGUUCAAGCAUUCCGUCUUGGCUCCAUGAAGCGCAAGGGCUUCGGCCUCGAAGGCAUUCUCGACAUCAUCAAGCAGCGCAACAAGGGAAUAGUAUAUCUCGAUCUCAACUGCUACGGUCCAGAUGGCUACUACGCCGAAAGACCCGGUUUCCAGCAGAUUGCCGAUGCAGCCUCUGGAUGUUCUUACGUCAUGGGAAAAGCAUAUGGAUUCGACGAGGGCGUUGGUGUCUUGCCUCCUCUCCCAAUCGCAGACAUGCUCUCCGGCGCCCUCGCAGUCAUCGAUGUGAUGCUGGCGCUCCGAGACCGCGCAAAACAUGGUGGCUCCUACCACGCCAACGUAGCACUCACAGCCGUCGAUGCCAUUCAGCUCAGCAAAGUCUUUGGCCUGUACUCUCCCGAGAUCGUCCGAAAGAUCCAAGACACAUACAACUUCGCACCCAUGACGCCAGAUCUCCAUGUUGAAGAGCUUCUGUACGUCUUGGGCGACGCUUGGAGUAAACACGGUAUCCUGAAGCCCGAAUACAUGGCCAGUUUCACCACUCAGUGGGGUGAGAAUCAUGCGAUUCUCUCGCCAAUCGUCAAGUAUGACGACAGUGCCGCUGAGCCAAAAUGGAGUCACGGUCCUGUACCUUACUGCAGUAGUGGCACCGAGCCAGCUUGGUCAUCUUGA